CUCGGGACCCCGGUCGGAGUCUCAGAGGAGCACUUGUGUAGCUAGGCCAAGUGCAAGGACCGAGUUCCCAGAGGCCAGCAGCCAGGGUCCUCCUCCCCACCAGCCAGAGACCCGCCCACAGCCCGUGGAACGCCCCGCCUGCAGCCCGCCCCCGCCAUCUGCGCUCCGCUCAGCCUGCUUGGGAGCCUUCAGCCUUUGGUGAUCUCCAGGACCUAAGGUUUAUCUUCGGGGCCGCUUUACCCGGAGCGAGCUUCUUUGGCUUGUGAGCCUUCAACAGAUGUCUGCCGCUUCCAGCAUGAGAGUCUUCCUGCCUGUGCUGCUGGCAGCCCUUCUGGGUGUGGAGCAAGUCCAUUCCCUGAUGUGCUUCUCCUGCACUGACCAGAAGAACAAUAUAAACUGCCUGUGGCCGGUUUCAUGCCAGGACACAGACAAUUACUGUGUCACGUUAUCUGCUGCUGCUGGCUUUGGGAAUGUGAACCUUGGCUACACUCUGAAUAAGGGCUGUGCCCCGACAUGCCCCCGUGAAAGUGUCAAUAUCAACCUCGGUGUGGCAUCCGUGAAUAGUUACUGCUGUCAGAGCUCCUUCUGCAAUUUCAGCACGGCUGGCCUUGGACUUCGUGCCAGUAUCCCACUCCUGGGUCUUGGACUCCUGCUCAGUUUGCUAGCUCUGCUGCAGCUUAGCCCCUGACCGCCCCCAUGUGUUCCCCAUUUCCCCCCAGCUCAGGAAAAGCCCAGCUCCUUUUAGGUCCCAGGGGACCGUAGGAACCUUCAGCUCCUCCUGGGUAUGUGUAGUUCCCCUCCACAUUCUCUCAGCGUCAGGGCUAAGUACCAAAUUCACCCAUAUCUGGUCUGUUGAAAUGGUACUAGCUACCCUUGCUUCCAGAGCCAAUCCUAUAACCUCUCUUGGGGAACCAGGGUAAGGGGUGAAGAUCUCCUUGGAGUCUCAGGAGUACCGGAGUCUGCCCUGAAUCUUGUGGACACACUGACAUGGAUGUCUAACCCAAAUGAGUGUACAUCUGUGUGCUCAGUGUAUCCUUGUGUGAAUGAAGCCACUUGGAUUCUGGGGUGGGCAAAGAAGACCGGAAAGAUCCUGGAGCAGAAGGCCCGUGUCUCCACCAAAACCCCUUCCCCUGGUAUCACUGUACCAGAGUUGUACUCUAUUCAGGAGGCUGCCGAUGGAGGGCUGCCACCCCUCCAGAUGAAGGCUCCCACCCCCAGAUGCAGUUGAGUCCCUACCUGCCAUCUCUGCCCACACUGGCUUCCUGCUGCUAUUCUAGUGCCUCAAAUAAACUGUUUCCACCCAU